GGAAAUGCUUUGAGAAAAUGUGAAGUGCCACGUCUAUUUAACAGUAGAAUGGACAAGGUGAUCAACUGCUUCAGUAAGAGACCUGAUGCCGUGGCCAGGCUGAUAUGCUUCCCAUGGGCAGGUGGAGGCUCCAUACACUAUGCACGCUGGGGGAAAAUCCUCACCUCCAUUGAAGUGUUUGCUGUUAAACUUCCUGGCAGGGAGGCUCGAGCCAAAGAGCCCUUCUUUCAAAGCAUGGAGCAGAUUGUAGAUGAGGUCAUCAAUGUGCUACUGCCGGUGCUCAAGGAGAAACCAUUUGCCCUCUUUGGCCACAGCUUUGGCGCCAUGACCAGCUUUGCUAUAGCAGAUACUUUGAAAAGAGUCCACAAGUUGGAACCAAUUCACAUCUUCCUGUCUGGUGCCUCAGCACCCUACUCUGAGAUGCGUAUCCAAGCCCCAAAGAGAAGUGAUUUAUCAGAUGAGGAGUUCCUCCAGUGGAUGACCAGGAUUGGUGGGACUCCCCCCGAGUUACUGGCCAAUCCUGAGGUUGUAAAGCUCUUCCUACCUGCGCUGAAAGCCGACCUCCACGUGGUGGAGAACUACAGGUGUGACAGGCCAGAGAGUCCUCUCUCAUGCCCAGUCACAUGCUUCGAUGGAAAGCAGGACAUGCCUCAUGACUUACAAGCAUGGAAAGACAUAUCAUCUGGAGAUUUUACAGUGCAAAUGCUACCUGGAGCUCACUUUUAUUUAAAAGAUGCAGCCAAUGAGAAGGUCAUAUUGGACUACAUCACAAAGUAUCUGGAGAUGGCGGAAAUUGACUACUUGUAGCUAUGAAGGGCACAGUGGCAGAAAAGGAAAUGUAUCAUGUUAUGUUUCCAUUGUAGUGACACAACCAGUUUUACUUAGUUUUUGAAGAAUAGGAGUCCAAGAAGCAUUUCAACAGUAGUAUCUAUGCCUUUGAGCAAUAAUGCAAAUGAUGGAAGUAGGGUUUGUUGACCAUGUGAAUCUAGCCGAUGUGUUUAGGAUUUUACGAGUGACGUAAGAUGUAUUACAGCCUAAAAUGGAAUCCAGAGAGAUUGCCUGACUAGUCCUCAAAUUAAAUUGUAUUGGCCACGUACACAUGAUUAGCAGAUGUUAUUGCGAGUGUAGCAAAAUGCUUGUGCUUCUAGUUCCGACAGUGCAGCAAUAUCUAACAAGUAAUAUCUAACAAUUCCACAACAAAUACCUAAUACACACAAAUCUAACUAAGGAAUGGAAUAACAAUAUAUGGAUGAGCAAGACAGUGGCAUAGGCUAAGAUGCAAUAGAUGUAUUAAAUGCAGUAUAUACAUGAGCUGAGUAAUGCAAAAUAUGUAAACGUUAUUAAAGUGGCAUUA